ACCAAGGUGCUGCUGGAGUUGAGUGAGUCUCGGUCGGAUAUUGUUGCCGGACUGGGUCGAGGCCGUUCCGUCAGUGUUUUCAGACACCCUGGGGUCGCGGCUUGUUGCGCCCAUCUUCAUCUGGCAAAAGUACCGGCCACGCUGCCGCCAAGGAUGAACGGAGCACUAGGAAAGGUGCUGUGUCUGAGGAAUGACACCAUUUUUAAGCAAGGCUUUUCCCUCUUGAGGUUCAGAACUUCAGGAGAGAAUCCCAUUUGUUCUGCAGGUGGCAUUCUGUUGACCACCAAUCGGCACUACAGGUCAAAGCCCACGCAUGGCAUUGGAAGAUACAAGCAUCUAGUUAAGCCAGAAGAGCCCAAAAAGAAGAAGGGAAAAGUGGAAGUGAGACCCAUUAAUCUGGGAACAGAUUAUGAAUAUGGGGCUUUAAACAUUCACCUGAUCGCGUAUGACAUGGCCCUGACAGAGAGUUACGCCCAGUAUGUUCACAACCUCUGCAAUCACCUCUCCAUUAAAGUCGAGGAAAGUUAUGCGAUGCCCACCAAAACCAUGGAGGUGUUGCAACUUCAGGACCAAGGCAACAAAAUGUUACUGGACUCAGUUCUUACCACCCAUGAGCGAGUGGUUCAGAUCAGCGGUUUGAGUGCUACGUUUGCAGAGAUUUUCUUGGAAAUAAUCCAAAGCAAUCUUCCUGAAGGAGUCAAAUUGUCAGUGAGGGAGCACACUGAAGAAGACUUUAAGGGAAGGUUCAAAGCUCGACCAGAACUGGAAGAACUGUUAGCCAAGUUGAACUAGCUCAUUGCAGACCCUUUCAUGCCUUUCAGCACUGGUGAUAUUGAGUGGCAAGGGGAAGAGCUUCCUGGGUGGCCAGAGUUGAGCAGGAGACCCUGACCCUCAACAUCAUAAGUACCCAUCUCCACUGCCAGGAGUGUCUCCUCUCCUUGCUUACCAAUUGUCACCACUUUUCUUUGAGCCAACCCUGGGUAUCCUCCAUCUAAUAAAAAGCUGCUGCUGAUGGA